AUGGUUAAUAUCCCUACACAGCCUGGCUUGACUUCAUGGUGGAGGACCGAACCGCAUCAUCUAGACGAUCACAUAUCGUCUGAGUCUGUACCGAAAGAAGCAGAUGUUGUAAUCAUUGGAUCUGGAAUAUCCGGUGCAUCGGUUGCAUACAAUCUUCUCCAACAAAAUAAAGGACCCAGCCGACCAAAAAUCACCAUACUCGAAGCACGGCAAGCUUGUUCCGGGGCAACGGGGCGGAACGGAGGUCACCUAAAACCAGACCCAUACAGCUCGAUCGGUCAUUUGGCCGCAGAGUAUGGUCCCGAGGCGGCUGCUGAGGUAGCCGAAUUUGAGCAGGCCCAUGUCGACGCCAUUCGAAAGCUCGUGGAGACCGAGAAAAUCGAUUGUGACUUGGUCAUCACCAAGGCCAUUGAUGUUCAACUUAUGUCUAGAGAGAGCAACAAGGCUAAGGCUGCAUUCGAUCAUUUGUCGACUCUGGGGGUCAAGUCGGUCAGACGAGUGAGCUUCUCUGAUGAAAGAGAGGCACAGGAGAGAUCGCGUGUCAAAGGAGCUAAAGGUUGUUUCAGUUAUCAAGCGGGUCAUGUCUGGCCCUAUAAGUUGACACUCCACAUCCUUAGUCGCUGUCUUGACCAAGGUGCAAUGCUUUACACGAACACUCCCGCUCAAUCUAUUUCACCGGAGAAAGAUAAUGCGGGAUUAUGGACGAUCGAUACACCCAGGGGCCCAGUCAAAGCAAAACAGGUGGUCUUUGCCUGUAACGCAUACACUUCAGCGAUUCUUCCAAUGUAUUCAAACAAAAUCAUCCCAGUACGCGGAGUCUGUUGCAGAAUAAUACCUGCGAACCCGGUGAAAAGGCUUACAGAGACAUAUACUCUGCGGUGGAAUAAUGAUGAAGCAGACUAUCUGAUCCCCCGCGAGGACGGCAGUAUCAUUGUUGGUGGUGGCUGGGGACAGUAUGGCCGCGACCCGGGGAGAUGGUACAACAAUGCAAAUGAUCAUGAGAUGAUUGAAUCGGCCAAAGAGUACUUUGACGACUACAUGCAACGAAACUUCCACGGCUGGGAGGAGAGCGGUGCAUACGUGGAAAAUAUCUGGACUGGUAUAAUGGGAUAUUCCUCGGACUCUUUGCCUCAUGUUGGUCAUGUCCCCGGGAAGCCAGGUCAAUUUAUCAGUGCCGGUUUUACUGGCCAUGGCAUGCCACAGGCGUGGCUUUCUGGUAAGGGCGUGGCAUCUAUGAUCUCGAACAGGCUCUCGUUCGCCGAGACUGGUAUUCCGCAGAUCUUUGAAACUACUCAGGCUCGUCUUGAUCAAGACCGUAAUGACAUGCUUGAUAUGAUGCCACCGUCUUCUCCGCGGCUGUAG